AUGGUAUACCGCGUAAUGGUCUUCGCCCCACGCAAGGCGACCAUCACCCACGAGGAAUUCAAAACCCGCUACGAGCAGCACAUGCGCAUGGUAGCAGAUAUCAGCGGCGAUGCAGCGCCGCUCUCGCACACACGGUCGUAUCUGAAGCACGACGCGAGCUCUAAUCCGAUUCUGCUAGCGGGAAGCGUCGACGAGACGUACGAUGCCGUUGUGACCAUGUCCUUUGACGAUGAGUCUGCGUUUGGCAGGUUCACUCAAGCGUUGAAUACGCCGCAGGCUAAGGCGAUGAUUGAGGCUGAUGAGGCGGGGUUUUGGGAUCGGGAGAGGAUGAAGGUUAUGGUUGUUGAGGAUGUGAGGGGGUUGGAGUAG